AUGGGGAUUAAGUUCUGGGGGGACAUUCAACCCAAGGAACAGGGCGUACACACCUUCAAGGACUUUGAUCAGAGUGCUAGGCACCAGCUGCAGGAAGCCCAGCCUAGCCUCACCACACGCUGCUGGUGCUGUCUGGGCUCAGGCAUGGUGGGUGAGCUUCUGCUCCAGGUGACAGAUGAUGGCUCUGAUAUGGGGGGGCUGCGAGGGCGCUCCCAGACUUCCUUCUCAGAAUGCGUCACCACCGAGUCAGAGUCCAUCUUCUGCGCAUGGGCGGAGAACAGUGUCUGCCGGGGACCGUCAGACAGCAGUGCUGCUGCAGCAGGCCUGGCUGAGGAGGAGUCCCUGAAUCUACUGGGGGGUGGAAACAGCUGCGAUGGCCUCCUACAGGUGGAGCACAGUGGGCAGCAGGGCCUGGUGUGUGGGGACACCUGGGGCCUAGAGGAGGCAUCAGUGACCUGCAGACAGCUCGGCUGUGGCCCUGCACGGUCAGCCACCAAGUACAUUCUGAAGUACCAGGAGACGGAACAGCUCUGGCUGCACAAUGUCCACUGCCAUGGUGGUACCACACAGCAAAUUGGGCUCAGUGGUGGUGGCAGCCCCUGUGCCGGGAUCCCUGAGGUGGUGAGCCCAACCAGCCCUGCCCUGAGGUGUGACUUGCACAGGGAGGAAGCAAAUGUGUUCUGUAGACAACUGGGGUGUGGCACUGCCGUGCAAUGGUCCAAAGUCUACCAUGGAGGGGACGCUGGAGACAAGAAGAUGGUGACUUGCCAGGGAACAGAGUCCAGCAUCUUCGACUGCAUGGUCAACCUGAACUACCUAGAGCAGUGUGUCCUUUCGACCUACACUGAGGUGGUGUGCACAGGACGGAGGGAGACUCGCAGUGGUGGGAGGGCGCUGAGCCCAAACACCCCAGGACUUCCCCUGCAGGCCCCUGGACCCUGGGGCCGUGCCUCCUGCGUCCUUCCUCCCCAUGGGACAGGAGGGUGGCUGGGGAGUCAGUGCCCCGCAGAGGCCCACAGGGAGCCUGUCCCGCCAGGGGUGGCUUCAGUCCAGCGUCUGCCCCCAGGACACACGGAGGCCCGGCUGGCCGACGGCGAGCACCCCUGCGCCGGGCGCCUGGAGGUGAGGCGGGGCCUGACGUGGGGCACCGUGUGCGACGCCGACCUGGACCUGGCCACAGCGCACGUGGUGUGCCGGGAGCUGCAGUGCGGGGCGGCCUUGUCCACGCCCAGCGGCGCCCGUUUCGGCAGCGGCUCCGGGCCUGUGUGGAGCGAGGCCUUCCGCUGCGCGGGCAACGAGUCGCUGCUGUUCCAAUGCCCGAGGGAUCGUGGGCACCAGUGCGGGCACAGCCGGGACGCUGGGCUCACGUGCGCGGGGGACAAGUUCCGGCUGGUCAACGGCAGCAGCAGCUGUGAGGGCCGCGUGGAGCUCCUGGUGCGUGGGACCUGGGCUCCCCUCUGCGCUGCCCACUGGGACUUAGCAGAUGCCACCGUACUAUGCCACCAGCUCAACUGUGGCAAUGUGGUGGCCACACCCCAAGGCGGCCAUUUUGGGGAAGGGGACGCUCCCCUCUGGCUGGAUGUGUUUCAUUGUGUGGGGACAGAGUCCCAUUUGUUGAACUGCCCAGCGAGCACCCUGGGGGCCUCAUCCUGUGCCCUGGGAAACGUGGCUGCCGCCAUCUGCUCAGGUCUCCCCCACGCCCUGCGGCUGAGGGACGGACAGAGCCGCUGUGACGGCCGUGUGGAGGUCUCCCUGGCCGGUGUGUGGGGCCGCGUCCUGGACGACGGCUGGGACCUGCGAGACGCCGGGGUGGUGUGCCGGCAGAUCGGGUGCGGACGGGCUGAGCGAGCCUACGACGCGCCUGCCCCCGGCCGCGGAGCCGUCCCGGUGGGUUUGAGCCGCGUGCGCUGUCUGGGCACCGAGACGCAUCUGACCCAGUGCAACGUGUCCGCGUCCCUGCUGGUGCCCGCGGGGACUUCUUGGGACGCGGGUGUCGUGUGCUCUGGUGAGUGUGGAACCCCUUCCUUCCGCCCCCUCAACCCGUCCCCGUGGCCACGGGGCGCCCUGAUCCGUCUCUCCGCAGGGAGCCGCGGGGUGCGGUUGGCCGCGGGGCCUGGCCGCUGUGCGGGGCGUGUGGAGCUGCUCCACAGGGGCGCGUGGGGCACCGUGUGUGACGACGCCUGGGACCUGCUGGACGCGCACGUGGUCUGCAGGCAGCUGGGCUGCGGCCGUGCGCUCAGUGCCCCGGGGGAUGCCCACUUCGGGGUCGGUGCAGGGCGCAUCUGGUUGGACGAGCUGGGCUGCCGGGGCAACGAGUCUGCGCUGUGGCAGUGCCCAUCUGGGGGCUGGGGCCGGCACGACUGUGGGCACAAGGAGGACGCCGGGGUCUUCUGCUCAGAGUUCACGGAUCUGAGGCUGCAGAACCACAGCCUGCCAUGCGCAGGGCGCCUGGAAGUUUUCUACAACGGGACGUGGGGAGGCGUCUGCCAGACUCUGAGCCCUGCCUCCCUGGGGAUCCUGUGUGAGCAGCUGGGCUGUGGGUCCCGGGGGCAGCUGCAGCCCAGGGCAGCGAGCUGGCCUCCCCCUGGGGCUCUCUGGUUGGCCUCCAUUCAGUGCAGGGAGAGGCAUGACAGGUCCCUGUGGCAGUGCCCGUCAGACCCCUGGAACCAGCAGUCCUGCUCCAGUGGGGAGGAAGCCUGGAUCGUGUGGGAGGGCGCGGUGCGCCUGCGCGGGGGCGCAGACGGCUGCUCCGGGCGCGUGGAGCUGUGGCACGCGGGCUCCUGGGGCACCGUGUGUGACGAUUCCUGGGACCUGGCGGAUGCGGAGGUCGUGUGCCGCCAACUGGGCUGUGGCCGGGCCGUGGGCGCCCUGGGGGAGGCCGCCUUUGGCCCCGGCUCAGGGCCCGUGUGGCUGGAUGAGGUGGGGUGCCGGGGCAGCGAGGCGUCCAUGUGGGGCUGCCCGGCGGAGCCGUGGGGACGCGGGGACUGCACGCACAAGGAGGACGCAGGUGUGCGCUGUGCUGGACCUCUGGGGCUCAGCACCACCACUUCUCUGGCCCCUCCCUUGACCCCUCUACCUGAGUCGGAAGCCUGGACCCUGCCCGAGACCACCUGCCUCAUUCUUGCCUCCCUCCUGGGCAUCAUCUCCCUAUUCCUGGGGGCUCAGUGGUGCCGCCACAGAGCAAUCUGCAAGGGUUCCAGAAUGCUGGAGCAUCCAUCCUCCGAGGGUGUCUAUGAGGACAUUGGAGUGGUCUCUGAGGCGGAGAAAGAUGAGGGGCCCACAUCAUCCAGGAACCCAGUUUUGGAGGAGGAAUAUGAUGAUGCGGGAGAACCUGAGGACAGCCUGGGAGAGGAGGCGCAGGAAGCGGGGGCGCUGCUGAGCCCUGCGGGUGUGCACCUCUGUGCCUUGGGGUCCAUGGCGCUCUUCCUGCUGUACUGCUUUUAUGUGGAGGGCCGUGCUCUGGCCAGAGUGUGCACUGUGCCACCUCUCCUGCUGGUCACGGGCAUGUGCCCAUUCAAGGACUUCUAUCAGAGCUCCAGCUGCGUCAGGCACCAGCUGCAGGAAGCCCAGCCUAGCCUCACCACACGCUGCUGGUGCUGUCUGGGCUCAGGCAUGGUGGGUGAGCUUCUGCUCCAGGUGACAGAUGAUGGCUCUGAUAUGGGGGGGCUGCGAGGGCGCUCCCAGACUUCCUUCUCAGAAUGCAUCACCACCGAGUCAGAGUCCACCUUCUGCACAGAGGCAGAGCACAGGCACCUGCCUAGGACUGUGCUGGUGGCCGGAGCCACAGGCAUGCAGGACGUUCCUCCAGGGGAGAAGGGGAGGACACCACACAGGCUCCAUCUAUUCCCUGUCCCUGCCGCGGAGUCCCUGGUCCUGGUGAGGGGUGGAAAUCGCUGCGAGGGCCUCCUGCAAGUGGAGCACAGUGGGCAGCAGGGCCUGGUGUAUGUGGACGGCUGGGGCCUGGGGGAGGCGUCCGUGAUCUGCAGGCAGCUGGGCUGUGGCCACACCGUCGUUACACCCAAGUACGUGCUGUGGCCCCAGGACACGCAGCAGCCCUUGCUGCAGGGCGUGCGGUGCCAGGGUGCAGAGGCUUCACUCUGGGAGUGCUUCCUGGGGGCAUGGGGGCUGCUGCAGGACUGCAAGUGUGAAUGCAUCAGCGCGGUGCACUGCUCAGCUGGAAAUCUGGCAUCCUUGGAGUUGAGCGGUGGAGGAAGCCCCUGCAUGGGGACCCCUGUGAUACGGAUGACAGGAGGCCCCGAGAUAAGGUGUGGCUUGUACCAGGAGGAGGCCAGCAUCUUCUGCAGAAGGCUGGGGUGUGGCUCAGCGCUCCAGGCACCCAGAUUCCACCUCACAGGGGGUCUGGGAGGUCCGGGGCAGAAAUUGGUGACCUGCCAGGGAACAGAGUCCAGCAUCUUCAGCUGCAUCUUCAACCUGAACUUCCUGGACCAGUGUGAUCUCCUGUCAGACACUGAGGUGGUAUGCACAGGACACACGGAGGCCCGGCUGGCCGACGGCGAGCACCCCUGUGCCGGGCGCCUGGAGGUGAGGCGGGGCCUGACCUGGGGCACCGUGUGCGACGCCGACCUGGACCUGGCCACAGCGCACGUGGUGUGCCGGGAGCUGCAGUGCGGGGCGGCCCUGUCUAUGCCCAGCGGCGCCCUCUUCGGCGGCGGCUCCGGGCCUGUGUGGAGCGAGGCCUUCUGCUGUGCGGGCAACGAGUCGCUGCUGUUCCACUGCCCGAGGGAUCGUGGGCACCAGUGCGGGCACAGCCGCGACGCUGAGCUCACGUGCGCAGGGGACAAGUUCCGGCUGGUCAACGGCAGCAGCAGCUGUGAGGGCCGCGUGGAGCACCUGGUGCGUGGGACCUGGGCUCCCCUCUGCGCUGCCCACUGGGACUUAGCAGAUGCCACCGUACUAUGCCACCAGCUCAACUGUGGCAAUGUGGUGGCCACACCCCAAGGCGGCCAUUUUGGGGAAGGGGACGCUCCCCUCUGGCUGGAUGUGUUUCAUUGUGUGGGGACAGAGUCCCAUUUGUUGAACUGCCCAGCGAGCACCCUGGGGGCCUCAUCCUGUGCCCUGGGAAACGUGGCUGCCGCCAUCUGCUCAGGUCUCCCCCACGCCCUGCGGUUGAGGGACGGACAGAGCCGCUGUGACGGCCGUGUGGAGGUCUCCCUGGCCGGUGUGUGGGGCCGCGUCCUGGACGACGGCUGGGACCUGCGAGACGCCGGGGUGGUGUGCCGGCAGAUCGGGUGCGGACGGGCUGAGCGAGCCUAUGACGCGCCUGCCCCCGGCCGCGGAGCCGUCCCGGUGGGUUUGAGCCGCGUGCGCUGUCUGGGCACCGAGACGCAUCUGACCCAGUGCAACGUGUCCGCAUCCCUGCUGGUGCCCGCGGGGACUUCGUGGGACGCGGGUGUCGUGUGCUCUGGGAGCCGCGGGGUGCGGUUGGCCGCAGGGCCUGGCCGCUGUGCGGGGCGUGUGGAGCUGCUCCACAGGGGCGCGUGGGGCACCGUGUGUGACGACGCCUGGGACCUGCUGGACGCGCACGUGGUCUGCAGGCAGCUGGGCUGUGGCCGUGCGCUCAGUGCCCCGGGGGAUGCCCACUUCGGGGUCGGUGCAGGGCGCAUCUGGUUGGACGAGCUGGGCUGCCGGGGCAACGAGUCUGCGCUGUGGCAGUGCCCAUCUGGGGGCUGGGGCCGGCACGACUGUGGGCACAAGGAGGACGCCGGGGUCUUCUGCUCAGAGUUCACGGAUCUGAGGCUGCAGAACCACAGCCUGCCAUGCGCAGGGCGCCUGGAAGUUUUCUACAACGGGACGUGGGGAGGCGUCUGCCAGACUCUGAGCCCUGCCUCCCUGGGGAUCCUGUGUGAGCAGCUGGGCUGUGGGUCCCGGGGGCAGCUGCAGCCCAGGGCAGCGAGCUGGCCUCCCCCUGGGGCUCUCUGGUUGGCCUCCAUUCAGUGCAGGGAGAGGCAUGACAGGUCCCUGUGGCAGUGCCCGUCAGACCCCUGGAACCAGCAGUCCUGCUCCAGUGGGGAGGAAGCCUGGAUCGUGUGUGCAGAAAAGGCAGGAGAAGUUCUCCAGGCCCCCGGGCAGACCCUCAACUGCUCGUCCACGCUGAGCUGCCCAGGGGAGGGCGCGGUGCGCCUGUGCGGGGGCGCGGACGGCUGCUCCGGGCGCGUGGAGCUGUGGCACGCGGGCUCCUGGGGCACCGUGUGUGAAGAUUCCUGGGACCUGGCGGAUGCGGAGGUCGUGUGCCGCCAAAUGGGCUGUGGCCGGGCCGUGGGCGCCCUGGGGGAGGCUGCCUUUGGCCCCGGCUCAGGGCCCGUGUGGCUGGAUGAGGUGGGGUGCCGGGGCAGCGAGGCGUCCAUGUGGGGCUGCCCGGCGGAGCCGUGGGGACGCGGGGACUGCACGCACAAGGAGGACGCAGGCGUGCGCUGUGCUGAGCCUGGACCGGGCCCCCCACCGGCGACAGAGGCCCAUUUGAUGCUGGGUGCCAUCAGUACUGUCCUGGGAACCCUUCUUGGUCUCCUCCUUCUGGGCCUCAUGGCCUCUCUGAUCCUGCCUCAAGCCACACAAGCCAAGCAGAGGGGUACGCACGUGCCUAUCCUGGGAUGGUCCAAGGCAUCUCCUGGAGAAGCCAUCUAUGAUGUCAUCAGGGAAAUGCCACUGGCAGCACUGUAUGAGGAAAUUGUGCAGGCCGAGGAGGAUCCCCAGGGUGAGGGGGAUGGGGAGUGGGGAAGGUGCUUGCUGCUCGCAGGUCCAGAGUACCCUUUCUGGUCUGGGGUCAAGGUGGGGGCCAGCUCUGUAGUUACCUCUGAAAUAGAGACAGGAGGUGCCCCAGCCUCCGAAUCUACCCUCUCCGUGGUGCUUUCUCAGGAAGAGAUGAAGUGGCACAGCUCUCUAAACCCCCUUGGCAGGACAGUGUCCCCAGAACUGUGGGGCACUCGACAACUGGGUGGGUACUUAAAAGUUGUGACAGAAAACCGCCGUCCCGAGGCCGACACCAGCAGUGCAAACCUUCCCACCGCGUCUCAGCGGACGACGCCCGCCCCCUCCGCGCGGCCGAAGCAACCUUCCGUCACGCCCGCUGAGCUGCCUGGAUGCCGCAGGGCUUCCUCCGGCCUCUCCCCUCUGUUCCCCCAUGCUUUUGCCGGAACGUCCGUGCGCUCCGGCCCCAUCAGACCGGCACUUUCCGUGUGGAGUCCCUGCCCUGCCGCCGCUGUCCUGCAGCCCCUCGACCCUGAACACACCACACUCGUCGUCACAGACGGUCACUUUGGCGACUUCCCGCUGACCCUGCGUCCUGCUCACGCUCGGUGCGGGGCCUGCUCCGCCCGCCCCUCCCGCCUGCUGUCUGCACGCGCUGCUCCCCCGUUGUCUACACCCGCGUGUGCCCGGCUCCGGCUCCUCUAG